ACAUCAGCAGCAGAAUGACUCAUCUGAUGUUUCUGGUCUACUUGUUCACAUCAAGUGCUUCAUUCUCAUUCGCACAGUCAACCUCUAUAACUUCUACAACCUCUAUAACUUCUACGACUUCAAAUAUCUUUGCUAUUGUUGAAGGGGAGGUUGGUUCAGGGGAGGUUGAUUCAGGUGAACUUGUUGAGUCUCCAACAACUGCAAGUACACCUGAGUUAACUACUUCAACCACACGUUCAACAGCCACAUCAAAAACGACUACACCAGUCACCCUUCCAGCAUCAGCUGCAUCAACCAGCACUGCCACCAGCAUGCCUAAAACAGUUACACCAACAAAUUCUCCAACAACUGGGAUUACAAAUGAAAGAACCACAUCAACCUAUCUUCCAACAAGCACAACUGAACAUGCUACACCCUCAAGUAUCCUUGAAACAAGUGCAUCAACUCAUGACCCAACCUUGAGUACAGCUAUGACACCAACCAGCCCUCCUACAAGUUCAAGUACACCACAUCAUAGUACAUCAACCAACCCCACCACCAGCGUAACUUCAUUUGAUCAAACCACAUCAGAGCAAUCUACACCAAUCUACACCAGCAUGCCUAAAACAGUUACACCAACACAUUCUCCAACAACUGGGAUUACAAAUGAAAGAACCACAUCAACCUAUCUUCCAACAAGCACAACUGAACAUGCUACAACCUCAAGUAUCCUUGAAACAAGUACAUCAACUUAUGACCCAACCUUGAGUACAGCUAUGAAACCAACCAGCCCUCCUACAAGUACACCACGUCAUAGUACAUCAACCAACCCCACCACCAGCGUAACUUCAUUUGAUCAAACCACAUCAGAGCAAUCUACACCAAUCUACACCAGCAUGCCUAAAACAGUUACACCAACACAUUCUCCAACAACUGGGAUUACAAAUGAAAGAACCACAUCAACCUAUCUUCCAACAAGCACAACUGAACAUGCUACAACCUCAAGUAUCCUUGAAACAAGUACAUCAACUUAUGACCCAACCUCAAGUACAGCUAUGAAACCAACAAGCCCUCCUACAAGUACACCUGAGACAACUAUGUCAUCAGCUGCAUCAACCAGCACUGCCACCAGCAUGCCUAUAACAGUUACACCAACACAUUCUCCAACAACUGGGAUUACAAAUGAAAGAACCACAUCAACCUAUCUUCCAACAAGCACAACUGAACAUGCUACAACCUCAAGUAUCCUUGAAACAAGUACAUCAACUCAUGACCCAACCUCAAGUACAGCUAUGAAACCAACCAGCCCUCCUACAAGUACACCUGAGACAACUAUGUCAUCAGCUGCAUCAACCAGCACUGCCACCAGCGGAACUUCAUUUGAUCAAACCACAUCAGAGCAAUCUACACCAAGAGGCCCAUCCACUGCUGACCCAAAUCCACCCCUUCUGAAUUUAACUACAUUAGUCUAUGGAAGUCUCAUGUUGACAUCUGAAGUUGAACUUAAUGAUGACACAGCUGUGAUACUAAUGAAAGAGUUUGAGAAGUACCUUCAAGCACAGGCGAACACCACUGUGAGGAUUAAAGUGAAUCGGGUGGAACAAGUUCCAUGACGUACAAACUACAGCAUAGCAUCUUUUCUGCAACACAUCUUUCUUUUACAGUGUUGAGGAGUAACUAGUUACAUGUAAUGUUUCGUAAUUAAAGUACAGAGUAAAUAUAACUGUAAUCUAUUACAUAAAAUGGGUCAUUAAAUUACUAAUCAGAAUGUUGGUGUUGGUAUUAAAAUAGUAAAUUGCUUAUUACAUUUUAACAGGGUAACUAGUAAACUAUAACUUAUUACAUUUUAAAAGUAACCUUUCCAACUUUGACAGGCGGCUUAGUGAGGAAGUGUGAAGGCAAAGUGGAGCAGAGGGCUGAAUGUUACCCAAGGCAUAUUAAUUACUACAUUACUGAAGUACCAUGCAAACUGCCACUUCAAGUUUUAGUGUGAAAUAGACACAGGAUUAAAUGUAUUGA